AAUGCGGAACUCUAGUGUUGUGUUCGUGUGUGGAGGGACGUUUAUUGGAGUCGGACAAGUAGACUCGCGUUUGUCUGAUUUCAACUCAGCUGUUGGAAACAUUUUAAUUAUUAAAAGACAUUUAAAUCCGAAAAUGUUUUCUUGUCUUGAAAGCUGAUUUGAAGAAUGGAGAGGAAUGUGGCUGACCGGGGAGGAGAUCCAGCUGAAGGUGGGAACUGGUCCAAGUCCUUAUCAAAGACUGUCCACACUGGCCUUCCUAAUCCAGUUCCAGAUCCAGUGAAGUGUUCUUUUGUAACAGGAGAAUAUGUGUACUUUCAUUAUGGGUGCGAUGGCCUUGACGACAGAGGUUGGGGGUGUGGGUACCGGACUGUUCAGACUCUGGCCUCCUGGAUCAGGUCUAACUGUUGUCCACAGGAGGAGCGGGACAGGCCUCCACCGAGCCUGCACCAAGUCCAACAAGCCUUGGUCACAAUGGGUGACAAGCCAGCCUCUUUUUCUGGUUCCAAGGAGUGGAUCGGCACAUUUGAAGCCUCCCUAGUUCUUGACUACUUCUAUGAUGUCCCCUGUAGGAUAGUCCAUGUCCGGGGCGGAGGAGCCGAGCUGGAGCACGUGGCUGUGGCAGAACUCCAUCAACACUUUCAGAAGCAUGGGUCUCCUGCCAUGAUGGGAGGGGAUAGAGACAACUCGUCCAAGGCGGUAUUAGGGGUGUGCAGUGGGGGCGAGGGGAGCUACCUGCUGGUCGUUGACCCUCACUACUACGGCCAUCCGCUGGAGAAGACAGAUCUGCAGAGACAGCAGUGGGUGACGUGGAAACGGUUGUCUUCUCUGGACCAGUCUUCAUUUUACAACCUAUGUCUGCCCCAAACUGCUGGAAAAAUGAGAAUGAAUUGACAAAGAUACUUCAAAUAGCCUCAAUCAGUGGCUUCAAAUGAGCAGCUUGGGGGCCAAAUACAGUCCACAAGCCACAAGCU